AUGGGCGCCAAUCUCUGGGGGCACCUAUCUCUAUGGGCGCCUAUCUCUAUGGGCGCCUAUCUCUAUGGGCGCCUAUCUAUAGGGGCGCCUAUCUCUAGGGGCGCCUAUCUCUAUGGGCGCCAAUCUCUAGGGGCACCUAUCUCUAUGGGUGCCUAUCUCUAUGGGCGCCUAUCUCUAUGGGCGCCUAUCUCUAGGGGCGCCUAUCUCUAUGGGCGCCUAUCUCUAUGGGUGCCUAUCUCUAUGAGCGCCUAUCUCUAUGGGCGCCUAUCUCUAUGGGCGCUUUUCUCUAGGGGCGCCUAUCUCUAUGGGCGCCAAUCUCUAGGGGCACCUAUCUCUAUGGGUGCCUAUCUCUAUGGGCGCCUAUCUCUAUGGGCGCCUAUCUCUAGGGGCGCCUAUCUCUAUGGGCGCCUAUCUCUAUGGGCGCCUAUCUCUAUGGGCGCCUAUCUCUAUAGGGGCACCUAUCUCUAUGGGCGCCUAUCUCUAUGGGCGCCUAUCUCUAUGGGCGCCUAUCUCUUUGGGCGCCUAUCUCUAGGGGCGCCUAUCUCUAGGGGCGCAUAUCUCUAUGGGCGCCUAUCUCUAUGGGCACCUAUCUCUAGGGGCGCAUAUCUCUAUGGGCGCCUAUCUCUAUGGGCGCCUAUCUCUAUGGGCACCUAUCUCUAUGGGCGCCUAUCUCUAUGGGCGCCUAUCUCUAUGGGCGCCUAUCUCUUUGGGCGCCUAUCUCUAGGGGCGCCUAUCUCUAGGGGCGCAUAUCUCUAUGGGCGCCUAUCUCUAGGGGCGCCUAUCUCUAUGGGCGCCUAUCUCUAUGGGCGCCUAUCUCUAUGGGCGCCUACCUCUAUGGGCGCCUAUCUCUUUGGGCGCCUAUCUCUAUGGGCGCCUACCUCUUUGGGCGCCUAUCUCUUUGGGCGCCUAUCUCUAUGGGCGCCUAUCUCUAUGGGCGCCUAUCUCCAGUGGCGCCUAGCUCUAGGGGGCGCCUAUCUCUAUGGGCGCCAAUCUCUAGGGGCACCUAUCUCUAUGGGUGCCUAUCUCUAUGGGCGCCUAUCUCUAUGGGCGCCUAUCUCUAGGGGCGCCUAUCUCUAUGGGCGCCUAUCUCUAUGGGUGCCUAUCUCUAUGGGCGCCUAUCUCUAUGGGCGCCUAUCUCUAUGGGCGCCUAUCUCUAGGGGCGCCUAUCUCUAUGGGCGCCAAUCUCUAGGGGCACCUAUCUCUAUGGGUGCCUAUCUCUAUGGGCGCCUAUCUCUAUGGGCGCCUAUCGCUAGGGGCGCCUAUCUCUAUGGGCGCCUAUCUCUAUGGGCGCCUAUCACUAUGGGCGCCUAUCUCUAUAGGUGCCUAUCUCUAUGGGCGCCUAUCUCUAUGGGCGCCUAUCUCUAUGGGCGCCUAUCUCUAUGGGCGCCUAUCUCUAUGGGCGCCUAUCUCUAUGGGCGCCUAUCUCUAUGGGCGCCUAUCUCUAGGGGCGCCUAUCUCUAUGGGCGCCUAUCUCUAUGGGCGCCUAUCUCUAGGGGCGCCUAUCUCUAUGGGCGCCUAUCUCUAUGGGCGCCUAUCUCUAUGGGCGCCUAUCUCUAUGGGCGCCUAUCUCUAUAG